AUGAGCUCGACAUCUUCGACACGAAAGCCCUCUGGAGCCCCGGCGGCCUCACGGCUGGGUAGUCGUAUUAGAGAGUUCGACAUCAUGGGAACACUGCAGAGGCCGAAGCUAAUGCCCGAAUUUCUUGCUAGCGACGUGGCCGGUUUUCUUCUUCACGUUGUGCUAGCGACAGAUUGGUCAUCCUUCUGGAAAGCGAAGCUGUUCCAAGCCAUUCCGGUCUCAAAGACAAUCUCUGACAAUAUUACCGGCUUCUGGGGUUCUUUCUGGCAGGAACGAUGGCAUUCUGAAGAUGUUCUCGAGGAGAGGGCAAAGAAAUGGAACCCUCAUUUGUACAAAGCGCAACCACCCCGUCUGCGCAGCUACCGUGAGAUUCUUAACCGGCAGCAGGCGUUGAUAAACUGCUGCGGGGCACAACUUCACGGCCUUGACACGCAGGAUGUACUGAGAAACAUGCUCCAGCAGGCCGCUCUGGCAUUUUGCUGGAUGUGGACACUGUUCAAGGAUCACGUUGCAGUGGUGUGGCUGCUUUCCGAAUUUGAGAAUAAAUCGGAGGGCUACAGGCAGACGAUCGAGGACUCGGUGCCGCCCGUCGUUCGAAAGGGGGAGUGUAUACUGUCGGCAGCCAAAGAUGAUCAGUCACGACGUUGUUUGGGUCGGAUUCAGCAACGAAUCAACCGCGGCCAAGAUCUGAUUAACAGAUUCAUAGAGCUGGAACUCUGCCAGGUUGAUGAAGAUGAAGGUGCCUGGGAUGAGAUGGACUGGCUUUUAGAGAAGGACGGCGAAAUACCAGCAGAGAUGCCGGAUGAAGAUCGGUUCCUUUUGAACCGCGUCGUAUUUUCCGCCGGUUUGUCCUGGUUCAUGGUGUCCAUCAGCUGCGAUUUUGCGACAUUUUACUUGUUUGUUCUUGCGCUACGCUUGAAGAGCCGUUUUCUUGGUUGA